GAGCGUCGCCCGCCAACCACAGGGGGCCGAGAGACUGUCCGAAGGAGGGAGGAGGAAGGAAGGUCACAGGAUCCGCAGCGGGGGGGAGGGGGCGUCAGGUCAGCCGUGUUUACCUGGCUAAUGACUCGAGACAGGUGACGAAAGGGGGAGAGGAGGGGAAGGAAGAGGAAGAAGAGGAAGAGGGAAAAGGGGCGAGAAAGGCUGCCUCACUAACCUUACCUAUUAAAAACGCCUUAAUUUCUUCAACUCUAACCUCUUCCUAGAACACAACAUUUCAGGGGGACGAGAAAGGCCGCCUCACUAAAGCUCCUAUGCUCACUAAAGUUCACUAAGCUCACUAAAGUUCACUAAGCUCCUAAAACUCUUACCCCGUACUCUCAUUGCCUCAAACAUUUUCCUGGAACAUUACUUUUAGUCCGGUCUCGGCAUUGCCUCGCUCGUCGGCGCCUUCCGGAAAUGUUUAGUGAUGCAAGUGGCAUUCUGUUUACUUAUUGAAUAUUGCGUUGUGGAUCGUGAAAGCCUCGCUGAUGUGUGAGUGUGUUUGUCUGUGUGUGUGUGUGGCGACCUGGGAGUGGCGAGGUGUCAGUUGCGAAGCAUGUGUGCCGCGUCUCGUGUGUUGUCAGUCACGAUAUGAUGCUAAGGACGCUUGGAAUGAAGGCUUACCGACGUGUUGUGUUGGUGGUGGUGAUGGUUGGCAUGGGAGGAAGAGAGGGAGGGAGGGAGGGAAGGGCGGUGGAGGCAUGGUGGAUUGGGUGGUGGUGUAGGGUGGAGGGAACGUGACAGCCAGCUAGCAACAGGGACCAGCCACCACCAACACCACCAUAACAACAACGGAAGUGCCUCAGUAGUGGGAGUGGUGGCGUCAUUAGCGGUGGUGGUGGCGCCGGUGGAGGUGGUGGUGGAGAGGGGUGGCGGUUGUGGUGUUAGCGUGGUGGUGACGGAGUAGAGACGAAGAACCCAAAUCAUCGUAAAGGCGUUAGUGGUGGGAGUGGUGGCGUCAUUAGCGGUGGUGGUAGCGCCGGUGGAGGUGGUGGAGAGGGGUGGCGUAAAGGCGUUAGUGGUGAUAGUGAUGCAAGAUGUGGCGAUGGUGGUGGUAGUGAGGGCAUGAGUGUGGUGAACGCAAGUGGCGCCUCAACCUUCCGUCCCUCUUCCAUGCCUCUGUCUAUGCGAGAACGAGGAGGGAGAGGGCGAGGACAGGGGCGGGGUAGAGGACAAGGGGGAGGGGUAGCAACAGGUAUGGAACUUAACGGCAAACCUCGCUCGCCCAGAAACAGCAUCGUAGGAAGGAAGGACACAGUGGACCCCAAAGACCAGUUUGAUGACUCCGAUCCCCUCACCCGAUCCUACGACUUCGCCAAGGCAGAGGAGGAGCAGGAGAGGAUCCGAAAAGAGCAAAGAGAAGAGGAACUGAGGAGGCUGGAAGAGGAACUGGAGAGAGUGGAAAGAGAGGAAGAGGAAAAGCGAAGAAAGGCCGAAGAGGAGAAGGAAAGGAAUGAAAGACAGAAGGAAAAGGAGGAAGGGAAAUACGAAGAGGAAAGGAAACCGAAGAAGGAGCCGGUGGAAGAGAAGAGGAAGUGGAACAGGAAGAAGGAAGCGAGGAUAGCCAAGCAAGCCCUAUGGAUGAGUGGGCAGAAGCAGCAGCUGGUGGUGACGUGGGUGGGGCGGUGCGAGGGUGUGGGCGCCAGGCACGUCAAGAAGUCGCUGCGGGAGCUGGUCAACACGGUGCGCUCGGUGGUGCCUUCCGGUGGCCACAUGUACACCAUCUGUGAGCGCUACGACACCUACCAGACGGGAGGUCUGUACCCCGUCCUGCACCUGAGUGAGGACAGCGGCGCCGUGAGCAAGCUGAUGAACUCCGGCGCCUUCCUCGACCGUCUGGCGCUCGGCGAGACCAACCAUGUGGAUCAAGGUGUCUUCGAGGAGAUGGGCACCGUGCGACCCCCUAUCCGUGCUCCGGCCGCCCCCAGCACAGUUCUCGUCGCCUCGGCCUUCAAGAGCAUCGAAGUCGAACCCAACCCGACGCUCAUCAAGGAAUGGAAGCAGUGGACGGGUGCGCGCGCCUUCAUGCAGGACAUUAUGAUGGCGGGUCUGAAGUGCCUCCACAUACGCUUCCUCGUGCGAGCAGCGCCCUUCGAGGAGGAACGGUCAGGCUUUAUGUACAUCCUAACGACGGAGGUGGCCAUUGACAAGCCCAGCGACGAGGGCAACAUCGUGGACCUGGUGCAGAGGUUCCGUGUGGAGCGCUGGUCGGGCUACAACACCAUCUAUCGUCGGAUUACCUAACUACAUCACCUGAAACUCCCCCUCGCCGUCCUGUUGUCCCCGUCUCGUAUCCGCCCACGAAAUCCUGUCAACUGAUCACUACAUAUCACACAUCAGUCUCAAACACGAGCUUCACCUACACGUGUUACGCCUCGUUUCCUUCAGGCUCCUCUAAUGGCCAUAGUGACGUGAUUAAAAAAUAUAUAUAUUGCCUUAACAUUAGCACGGAGGCCACGCGCAUCUAUAGCGUAUGCCUCAACUUUAUUUUGCUGCAAUGUUAGAAUUCAAUAACUUCCUUAGCGACAUGUUCCUCCCUCUAAAAAGAAAAUACUUUGGCUUAAUGCGCAAUGAGUCUUGUAUGCUUUUUUUUCAUACUUACUCAUCCUUUUCUCCCUUCACUUUUCACUCCCUCACUCAGUGCUGCUGCUCUGUUAUCACCUAUCAAUGUGGUCACUUCACUAUGUCAUCGUGAUACUCGUAUACCCUCCAUGAACGUACGCAAGCUUAGAGCACAACUAAACAAUAAUUAAUAAGAAGAAAUUACAGAAAAUACCGUUGAGGUCUCGAAACCUUGUGCCGGAGCUUCGACCGCCUCUCCGCGCAGCCGUGUGGCGCAGCGGGGCAGGAAUACAGACCGCGAUCCGCCCGUGAGUGGCAGGAGGUGACGGCCGUCCAGAUCACACAUUCUCGCAGUAAAACCUAAGAAAGUGUAAAUCUGUGUCACGCCGCGUAGGGUUCUGACGCCCCGCACACAUCACGUUCCGAGACCCGCGCUCACCUGAUUCACGGACUUCUCCAGCUCGAGCGCCCUCUCCAUGGCCUCCAGCCCGCUGCCCCAGUUGUUGGUGGCGGGGGCGGACACCGGGAGCAUCAUAGCCACGCCCCCCCGCAGGCUCUGGUACUUCGUCAGCGUGG